UGAAUUCUCCAUCUUUAACGGUCACAAAAAGAAAAAAAAAAAAAGAGAUUGAGUUUUGGGACGGCGUUUCACUUCGCCGUAGUGUUCACCAUGUUCAAGAGAGACGACUACCUUCGAACUAAUCACGACGCCGCCGCCAUUUCCAAGUGGCAGGGUAUCGCCCGAUCCAUGCUUUUGCGUAAACCCAUUUCGGAAACUGCAGAACUGCGGAGGACUUAUGCGGACUACUCCUUAAUCUCUCGAGAUUUAGGUCCAAAGAUUCGGGUAGGAGCCAGCGAUAAGGAAAAUUUCAGAAAGGGGAAAGAUUGUGUUGGUAGAUACAGAGUCCAAGGAGCAUUUCCGGGUCUGUCUGAUCUCGGUGUAGGUGUUAUCUGUCAUGACCAGGGACGAAAAGAUGCCAAAGAUGAUGAUGUUCUUUUGGCUAAUCUUGGUCAAGCUGAAAGCAUUAGGUAUCGGCUCCGUUCUUAUGGUAGAUCUAUUGCUCAGCAAGACUUACUCAAGAAACUUGGUGACAGCGUGUUUAUGAAUCCGAGAAAGUCUGGUCUGUCUGAAACGAUUCUUCCUGUUACUCAAAAGAGAACUAGCAACAAAACAGAAGAGAACAAGCCUGAUUCUGUAGAAGAGAUAGAGAUCAGUUCUGAUGCAGCUGAGAAGGAGAGCAAUUUGCUUCCAUCUAUACUUAGACUCAGCCGGUCCAGACCUCAACCGGUUUCAGAGACACAUGAUGACAUAGUUGAUGGGUCUGAUUCUGCUUCUGGUUGUGGAGUCUUACUAGAAGAUGGUACUACUUGCACUACAACUCCAGUCAAAGGAAGACAGAGAUGCACAGAGCAUAAAGGGAAAAGACGCAUACCGUGUGAAGUUCCUACCACAAGAGAAUGUGAGCAAGCUGAUGAGAUAUGUGGAGUGAUUUUACCUGAUAUGGUACGUUGCAGAAGACCACCUGUUUUAAGGAGGAAACGAUGCGAGGAUCACAAGGGAAUGAGAGUCAACGCCUUCUUCUUUCUGCUGAACCCUACAGAACUUGAAAAAGCCGUCAAAGAGGAAAAAUCCAAACCAAAGACAUGUACAGGCAUGAACCAAGAGGAUUCCGGUUUGAAUCUUUUAUGUGAAGCUACAACAACUAAUGGUUUGCCUUGUACGAGAAGAGCCCCUAAGGGAAGCAAAAAAUGUUGGCAGCACAAGGAUAAAACUGUGGACCACAGAUCAUCCGAAAAUGUUCAGUCAGCAACCAUAAGUCAAGUAAUUUGUGGUGUUAAGCUGUACAAUGGAUCGGUAUGCGAGAAAGCUCCUGUGAAAGGACGGAAGAGAUGUGAGGAGCACAAGGGGAUGAGAGUCACAUCUUGAAUUCAAAGCACUAGAGUAACUCCUUUUGUAAGUACCUGACCUAGCAGGUUUGGUAUUGGUAAAAUUUGUUAUUUACCGUAUCAUACUUUAACUCUAGAUAUCUUAGAUUGUAUGACUUAACUACGUAGGUACGAGUUCAUCGAACUGAAUAUGCUUUUCUGUUAUCAUUGUCUCUGUAAUAAACUAAUAACUUUGUUUCUUUCGGCCAAAAUCUAGAAGAUGCUGAACUAGCUAAAAUACU